AUGUCCCCAGAGGGGCUUCAUCAGCACUGUGAGAGGUGUUACAGCCUCCACUGCCAAGCCCCCGUGAACACCUCUGUCUCCUGUGUGGUCAUUAAGUGUCAUCUACAUUGUGGCGCUGCCUUCCAUAAGUGUAAGGAGGAGGAGCACCAGUUACUAUGUCCCAAUGAGAUGGUCCCCUGCCUCAACGUUGACUACGGCUGUCCCUUCACCAUGCACCGCCACAGGCUAGCCAAGCACCUGGAGGUCUGUCCCGCUAGCACUGUCAUCUGCUCCCAGCAAUGGAUCCGCUUCCCAGUGGAAGACACAGACUCUUCCAUCUACAGUGGUGUGAUGUGGAGUGAUGUGAUGUGGUGUGCUGCUGUGUCUUCCACUGGGAAGACGGAUCCCCGAGUUUACUGCUAUUGCUACAGGACCACCCUGGUUGACCCUGAGAAGCAGCUGAACGUGUCCAUGGCCCUGAGAGACCAGGAGCUCCUCUUCAGAUGCCUCAAGAUGAAGAACGUCUUCCCUGAGCUGAUGGAGAAGGUGGAAGCAGAAUCUGCUCAGAAAGAGAUAGAUGUAGGGGUCACCAGCUCUGCAGGUGAAGGUUGUAGUUCAUUAGACCCCAGUGAAGCAAUGGAAGAUGGAUAUAACGGUUAUGGAGAUGGGAUGGAGCUGGAGAAGGAACUGAGUCAGGAAGAAAGGGAGGAUGGGAUGGAGCUGGAGAAGGAACUGAGUCAGGAAGAAAGGGAGGCCUUGGCCAAGAACAAGGACGUUCUCCAGAACUACAGUUCCUAUGAGACCAUGUUCAGAAAAGAGAUGAAGGGAUGCCAACAAACCGUCAAAAACAUGGAAAAGAAGUUGAAUCCCGGUGAUGGUGAAGAAGAGAAAGCAUUUAGCUUGUCAAAUGGUCAUGGAGAGCUGGAUGGGGAUGGAUCAUCCAAGGAGUGCCAGGAGAAUGGAGCUACUGCACGUGCUGUGGACGUCACCAGGUCUGGCCUUGCACCGUGGCAGGACGGGGUCAUGGAAAGACUGCGUAGAGAGGUCACCACUGCAGACUACAACAUGUAUUUGGUCCACCAUGGAGCUAUGCUGAUCAACUUCGGUCAGCUUGCCGCCUGCACCCCAAGGGACAAGGACUUUGUUUAUGGAAAGCUGGAGCCCAUAGAGGUUCAAACUGUCAGAACGUUCAACGUUCCCACGAGCUACCGGCCGAAACGGAUUCACAUGCGCGACCCUUGGUCACCGAUGGUCAACAAGAGUGUUGACACGUCAGAUCUAGGCGUGUCCGUAGAAGAUCUUCCAAAGUGUGAUGAAGUCAAUGCAACUUUGUUGUGCUUCUUGGAGAAAGAGCUGAAGGGUCACAACAUCUCAGAGGGUGGAGGAGCAGACGGCUUCUAUGUACACAUUGGAACACAGACUUACAACAUCCCAUCUGCUCCGUUCAAACCUGAAGCCUCUCUGGCAGACAUCAUCACAGACACACACAAAGGCCUCUAUGUCCAGAUCCAAGCUGAGGACAUAACCAGAAGACACAACUUUACCAACUCUGCCUUUAGUUACCUCUGUGGCCACGUCUUCCGCCGCGAUGAGUACCACACUCACUUCAAGAACGUGCACUUGGACAUCCAGUCCUGCCUGAACGGCUGGUUCGAGCAGCGCUGUCCUCUAGCGUACCUAGGCUGCAACUACAGUCAGAGCAGGUUCCAUCCCGCAGGUCAGAGAGCCACAGUCACCUACCGCCAGGAUCUCAGCACCUUCAGCCUCAAACCAGAGGGCCCCUCAAUGCUGUCCGACUCUGAGAAAACCAUCAGCAUCACCUCUGACAGGAAGCAUCCCCGUAAACUGGACCUGUUGAGCAGACUUCCCUUUGAGAUCCUCCAUCACCUGGCAGGGUUCCUGGACAGCUUUAGCCUGUCUCAGCUGUCCCAGGUGUCCCAGUUGAUGAGGGAGGUGUGUGUCACACUGCUAGAGGAGAGGGGGAUGGUCUAUCUGAAAUGGGAGAAGAAGACCUCCCAUGGGGGGUCUUCAUGGAAAUGUAGAAAACACGUAUGGAAGUUUAGCAGUCUGUUUUCCAAGGUGGACAGGUGGUGCUUUGACGAUGUCCCCUCCAUGUCUGAGCACCUGAAGGUCUGCCCUUUCUACCAGAGAGAGGAGCUCAGUAAGCCUGUAAAACUAGCCAGUAUGGAGGGGACCAGAGAGAGACCCCAGGGCCUACUGGACCUGCUCCAGGAGUCCAAGGUUCUCGAUUUAGAAGGCAAGAGUCGCAGGCUGAACAUCAAAUCCGUGGGGAUUUUGGAGGACGAAGAACAAGAGAAACGCACAGAGUUUGUGUCCAAGCUAAUUCCCAAGCUCCUGGGUGACGACAACUUCCCAAAGCCCCUCAUCAUUGACCGUGCACACCGCUCUCUACAUGUGAAGCCCUCACCAGGUGUCAAGCCGCGCACCAUAAUCGCAAGGUGCAUGAGCUCUCAGAAAUGUGUCUACGUAAAGCCUGCCACGCAGCCAGCUACAGAGCCUGCCAUGGAGCCUGCCAUGGAGCCUGCCUCGGAGCCAGCCACGGAGCCAGCCGCGGAGCCUGCCACGGAGCCUGCCAUGGAGCCUGCCUCGGAGCCUGCCACAGAGCCAGCCAUGGAGCCAGCCACGCAGCCAGCUACAGAGCCAGCCACGGAUUAA